AAAAUUUUGACUCGAUUCAGUCAUCAGUUCUUAAUCUAUGUAUGUGUCGCUUUGUUCGCCUUCUUCCCAGAUCUAUCAGCCAUCCAAGACCGAGAGGUUCUAAUCCGCCCGCGUUUUUACCUCCGAGGAACAUGUCGACGGAGGCUGGCACACACAAAGACCCUGUUACGGGAGAGCUGAUCUCCAAGACGGAGCUCAAGCGCCGCGAAAAGGCGCGUGCUAAGGAAGCUAGCAAGGCUUCCAAAGCGGCGCAGCAGCCGGAAGCGACGGUGGUCAAGUCCGCGAAGCCUGCUGAGGAGGAACUGAGCCCCAACCAAUACUUCGAGCUACGAUCUCGUCGAAUUCUCGCCCUCAAGCAAUCUCAGAACCCAAAUCCUUAUCCUCACAAGUUCCAUGUUACCCAGUCAAUCAGUCGGUAUAUCGAGCACUACGGACCGGAGGGCGUGAUCGCACCUGGUCAAAAGCUCACCACGAAAGUGGAAGCUCUCGCCGGUAGGAUACACAACAUCCGUCCCAGCGGUUCGAAGCUGGUCUUCUACGAUCUUCACGGCGAGGGAAAGAAGGUGCAAAUUAUGGCGAGUCAGCAGGACGCAAAGGAUCCGGAGUCGUUCGUUGCAACCCACGAGCUGUUUAAGCGUGGUGACAUCGUCGGAGUGAUCGGGACACCGUCCCGAACGAAGAUGGGAGAGCUCAGUAUCUCGCCCCAAGAAAUCGUGCUUCUCGCACCGAAUCUGCACCAACUUCCGUCGACCCACUUUGGCUUGAAGGACCAGGAGACGCGCUAUCGCAAGCGGUAUCUGGACCUCAUUCUGAACGACAACACCCGCAAUCUAUUUGUGACUCGGAGCAAGAUCUUGACCUACAUUCGCCGUUUCCUCGAUGCCCUCGGGUUCAUGGAAGUCGAGACACCGAUAACUUCGCUUCUUGCGGGUGGUGCGACUGCCAAGCCGUUUGUCACGCACCAUAACGACCUGGACCUGGACCUCUUUCUCCGGAUUGCGCCAGAGCUGUACCUGAAGCAGCUGGUUGUCGGCGGACUAGACAGGGUGUACGAGAUUGGACGGGUGUUCCGAAACGAAGGCAUCGAUCUGACUCAUAACCCCGAAUUCACCAUCUGCGAGUUCUAUAUGGCAUAUGCGGACAUGGAGGAUCUCAUGGAGAUGACCGAGGCGAUGAUUGAGGGUCUGGUGAGAUAUCUGUUCGGCGGGACCAAGGUGACAUUCCAUCCGGACGGAAACAAGGGUCAGGAGGGUGCCAGAGAGAUGGUACUCGAUUUCCAGCGACCAUGGAAGCGGUUCGACAUGAUUGAAACCCUGGAGGAGAAGCUGAGCGUCAAGUUUCCUCCUGGAGAGACUCUCCACACCGAUGCAGCCAAUGUGUUCUUGAGAGAACUCUGCGUCAAGCACAACGUAGACUGCAGCGAGCCGCGGACGAACGCUCGGUUGUUGGACAAGCUGGUGGGCGAGUUCAUCGAGCCUUUGUGCAUCUCUCCGUCCUUCAUUGUCGGACAUCCGCAAGUGAUGUCGCCGCUGGCCAAGUACCACCGAUCGCGGCCUGGUCUUUGCGAACGAUUCGAGGGCUUCAUGUGUGGAAAGGAGUUCUGUAAUGCCUAUACGGAGCUGAAUGAUCCGUUCGAGCAACGGCUUCGGUUCGAGGAACAAGUCCGUCAGAAGGACCAGGGCGAUGAUGAGGCUCAGGGCAUCGACGAGACAUUCAUCGACGCACUGGAACACGCCCUCCCGCCGACCGGAGGCUGGGGCAUCGGCAUCGACCGACUGGUUAUGUUCCUCACCGACUCGAACAACAUCAAAGAGGUCUUGCUGUUCCCAGCGAUGAAGCCCUUGGAAAGCACGGCGUCUGGCACAGCUGCUGCUCCGUCAGAACCCGCCGUUGUGCCUUCGUAGACGAAUAUCGAGUAACCAACCUUAGCUUGAAUACGAUUACCAAAUUGAAUCGCCGGGCCUCGAGCUGCCUCCUUACGUUCAGGAGCGGGGCUACACAGUGUCCGCUACUGCUGACAUGUAUCACCUCCUCAUCGGUGCUACGGGGUUGCUGUGGGUCCAAUCAACGCGGGCUAUCCGGAUUCGUGCACAUCAAUUACCCGAUUGGCUACCCGCGAUCUGUGCGGGGUAAGCUUAGCCUAAUACUACCGCGUUGGUCGUUGCUACUUCUGUUUGCCCCGAGUGUGUGGUUUGCUUUCUUCUCAUCUCGGACUUGCUGCUGUUGCCUACUUGGCUUUGGUUUUUGGGCUGGACCCAGCUAUAGGCUUCAUACAUAUAAACACGCUGGUUCUUCAGCGAAUGGUUUCUCCAGGUCAAUUGCGAGCUCCUUCUCAAGCAUCCGCGUUCCUCCUCCUCCACUCAAGAGAAACCCAUCUCGACCGACCAGACUAGACCAGACCAGACCCUCAAUUGCCAUGCGCUCUUCCUCCCUGAUCAUCUUCCUGCUCCCCGUCGCGGUCCUUGCAAGCUCGCUCGACACUCGCCAUCGGCACCACGGGCACGCGGUGGCUCUGCGGCGCACCGCAGAGACCGCUGCCGCGAACGGGAACGGCACGGAGAAACGCGCGACGGCGGCGACGGCGUUCAAUGGCGCGCGAAUGACGUGGUACGGGACGGGCACCGGGGCGGACGCGUGCACGGGCAAGGACCACCGGUCGACGGACUACGUCGUCGCGAUGGACUUCCACCUGUUCCGGAGCCAGGCGGGCAACGCGGCGUGCUGCGGGCGGCGGCUCAAGCUGGAGUACAACGGGAAGACGGCGUAUGCGACGUGUGUGGACGAGUGUGCUAGCUGCUACAAAGAAGGCCAGCUGGAUCUGACGCAAGGACUGUUCAAGUACUUUGCGGCACUGUCAGAAGGGAUAAUAUACGGCUCAUGGUCGUAUGCGGACAACCACGCCGCUGCCGUGGGCGACGGGGCUCCGACAAACGACACGAGUGCCAGUCAAGUUCACACGUUCUCAGCAACUUCCUCCUCGUUUUCAGCUGCGUCCGAGCCCUCCGCUGUCGAAACCCCUGUCAGCGCCGACACGGAAGUACCAGAGUCGGCUGUUUCUCCUUCGCCAGAUCCAGCGCCGGUGCCAACGCAGGCCAUUACCAACGUCAUUGACUCGCGCGCCCUCAAUGAAGCCGCCGACGAGUCUGCUGCACUUCUUGGCGUGACGGUGCCCGGUGUUCCCGGGCUCAUGCUAGUGAUCGGGGCGUUCUUGGCUGCCCAACUCUGAUCUUGCGUUGUAUGAUACUCUGUCUCCCGGGGUUGUCUCCCAGUCUCAAGCCGGCUUGGGUUCUUGUCUGUACAUUGUGUCUGUGUUUGUACUCCUGUAAAUGAUACGAAUUGUGCACGUUGAUUCGGAGGACCACGCCCAAGCCUCGCUGGUUCAAAACGAACAAACAUGCGACUGGGGUGAGUCUCUCUAUCGAUUAGAUGCACCACGCCUG